CCUGCUCUCACUUUCAGACCGUCUGCAGGUGGAAGACAGGAGAGAGGCUGAGAGACGCUAACAUGGUCCCACUGAGGCUGGUCGCCUUCGGAUUGCUAGCUACUGCUUGGUAUUUCACUCGUGCUGCUGAGGGAGAAGUCAUCUACGCCUGUCUCAAUGAAACCGCAGAGAUUUCAUGUGAUGUUGGCGCUAAGAUAAAGCUGGAUCACAUCCUGUAUAAGGUGGGGGUGGGGACCAGGUGCGGCGAGGGAAAAGCCCAACCAGACGACGGCCCGGACACCUACUGCUCCUUCCCCUGGUCGGAGAUGGUGGUGGAGGAUCUCUGUGCUAACAAGAGGUCCUGUAAGGUCCCCGUCACUGAGCUGGUGUUUAGUAAAUAUGAGUGUGUGGAGGACACCAGGUACCUGGAGGUGUCCUACACCUGCGCCACACCACCACCUCCUCCACCUCCACCACCACCUCCAACCAAAGCUGACUGUGAAGAAAAAUCCACAGAUGAAGCCUGAUGCUUGCCAGAUGCCGUGAACAGAACAUUAUGAAGACACCUAGUCUCCAUUUCUAACAUCAGACUAAUAAGUGGACACAGAAAAAUGUUUGUCAUGUUACAUCAGUUUGUUCAUCAAGUCAUGUAUCUAAAUGCUUACAUACAUAUGAGCGUAUUUACUCAACAAGGAUUUUAAUUGAA